AUGGUCGAGGCACCGCCGCCGUCGACGAUCGGGGCGUUGCCUCCGCCGAGGGUCGAGGCGCCGUCGCCGCCGACGGUCCAGGUGCCGCUGCUGCCGAUGGCCGGGGUGCCGCUGUUGCCGAUGACCGAGGUGCCGCCGCCGCCGCCUUUUCCGAUGAUCGAGGGCCCGCCGCCGCCACCGAGGCCUGAGUCGUCGCGGCCUGAGUCGCCGCGGCAGGGGUCGCCGCGGCCGGAGUCGCCGCUGCCGGAGUCGCCGCGGCCGGAGCUGCUGCGGCUGCCUCCAGCGCGAUCCGCGCAAGGCACCACCGAUGCGCUACCUCGCAGCGACGCCCUCGCCGCCGUCAGUACCCGCGCGGACGCCGUGGAUCGACCCCGAGCGGAGGAGGAUGACAACGCCUUCGGCUCGCCGGUGGUCGUCCCCGUCGAUGACAGCGGUGCCGAGCUAGGAAGCCCUCGCGCGCGUACAAAUGCGCAGAGGAGUGCGAGGCGGAACGCGAACAACGGAGAGUACAGGCGCCUCCCGCUCGCAGACCCGCGCGGUACGGACGCGCCGGACGUCGCGGCGCUCUUCGACAGGGUCGCGUCCACGAUCCGCCCGCCGCCCCGAUCCACGGCGGAGACAACGGCGUCCGGCCCAGGCCGUGGCGGGGGCACGCGCCGUGGCGUCCCCCCUCGUGCGCAUCUCCCCCCAGUUAACCGCGAAGCACCGGCGCGGGCCCGCGCGGUGACGCUUGGUCUGCCCACGGGCGGCGACGACUUGCGCCAGGCGAAGGAAUGGUGGGUACGCGAGCACGCCGCGGGGAACCUCAGCUUCCUCUCCGAGCGGGACCCCGGACAGUCCGCGAAUGCGCCAAAGGUCGCCCUCUCGACAUGGGCGGACGUUUUCGAGGUUUUAUGCGCGUGGCCCGUCAACGCCCUUGACGCCAACGCGCCCGAGGAUGAGCUUCGAGCAGCGUGUUUCUUGCUCGAGGCGUCGCACAUGCUCCUCUUCGAGGCCGUCCGACACGGCAAGAGUCCGCGAGGCGGCGACGCCGGCAGGCGAGACGUCAUAUGCCGCCUGAACCGAUUCAUGGGCGGGGAAUGGGAGUCCCUCGUCGACGAGGCGCGCGAGCGUCAGGCUCAGCCGGCAAGACAGGCCGGCGUCGGCACCACCCCCCCCGCGGACCCCGGCUUCAACCCCACCUUCACCCGCGCACGGCGUCUCGCCCGCGUGGGCGAGCUCUCCCGCGCGGUGCAAGCUCUUGACGAUACGAAAGUCGUCCAAGGCACACCGGACACCAUCGCGGCGCUGCAAGCAAAACACCCCGCCGCGCCGCCGGCGGCGAGACUGGACAACGACGAGGACGCCUGGGAGCGCGCCAAGGAAACCCUCCCCUUCCUCGCCGACAUCCAACCCGCCGACGUCAUCAAGGCCCUCAAGUCCGCGACGAGGGGAGCGGCCCAAGACUGCAUGGGCUGGCGAGUCGAGUCCCUCCAGGCCCUGUGCGCGUUCCCGGACGCGAUCGAGGCGCUCACCUCGCUGAUCCGCGCACUCGCCCGGGGUGACCUCCACGACUCCGCCACCGAGCUACUCACGCGCGCACGCCUCGUCGCGCUCGCGAAGGAGGACGGGGGCAUUCGCCCGAUCGGGAUCUGCGCUGUCUUCCGGAACCUCGUCGGGCGGAUCCUCCUGUCCGCGUGGCGCGAAGAUCUCGACGCGCACUUCACCGAAAAGGGGGGCAACGGUCGUCUGCUCCAGCUCGCGGUCGGCGUCCCGCGCGGGACGCAGUUAUGCCGCACGCACAUAGACGAAUACCUCCGCCUGAACCCGACGCACGUCGCCAUCGAGGGCGACGUACGGAACGCGUUCAACGAGGUGUGGAGGACCGCGAUCGUCGAGGGGAUCAUGGCGCUGGGCGAAGAGAAAGGACGAUCCCUCCUCCCUUUCUUCCUCACGGUCUACGGGAAGCCCUCGAAAAUCGCCGUUCGCGGCGCUGAUGGCGCGAGGCACUUCGUCGACUCACAGGUGGGCUCGACGCAAGGCGACGUCCUGGGCAUGCUCCUAUUUUGCCUCGCCAUCCACCCGGUUCUGCGGGACACCGCGCGCGAGAACCCAGACGUACAUCAAGCAUGGUACGCCGACAACGGAUACCACCUGGGCCCCCCCGCGGUCGCCGCCGCCGCCGCCGCGCAGAACCAACGCUUGCUGGGCGCGCGCGCCGGGCUCCACAUCAAGGGAUGGAUCGUGACCCAAGGUCGGUCGUCCCCGGUGCUCUCGAGCUCCACCUUCACGGACGCAGGGAUGGUCGGCGACAUCUCCUUCGUCCACUUCGGGGACACACGCGCCGGUCACACCGUGGGCUCCAUGGUGAACGGCGUCAAGUGUCUUGGGUCCCCCCUCGGCUCGCCUGCGUUUCAGAACACCUUCGUCAACGAGCGCAACAACAUGCACCAGAAGCGUUUACACGCCUUAAUAUCGCUCGGUGCAGUUGACGCGCAAGUUGCGAAGCUCCUCCUGAUCCACUGCGCGCUCCCGCCGAAGCGUUCAAGCGAGGACACGCGUCCAUCCUCGACGCGUGGAUGA